AUGGCGCAUAUAUCAGCUGCAAUUGAUUCGACACGUCAGCAGUGGGGCGAGGCUGGCGUGUGGCACUGCGGCGGUGGAAGCACAUCUGGGCGCGCGCUGCACGAUGCAGUGGUGCGCGUCAGCGGCGCCCUGACGGCGCGGUUGGGCUGCCGCAUUGGCGACAGGGUAGGGCUGCUGGGGCUUAACACCCCGGAGUACCAGGCCGCGGUCCUGGCAGCCGCUGAUGCCGGCGCUAUUGUUUGCCCCCUCAACUGGCGCUGGUCGCCGGCAGAGCUGGCAGCGGCGCUUGCGCUGGUUGCGCCGGCCCUGGUCUUUGUGGACACUCCCUGCCUCGCGCUUCUGCAAUCAGUGGCGGACGGCCAGCACGGCUGCCCGCGCUUCACUACAGUGUUGCUGACGCCAAUCGACGCCGUCGUAUGGCCGGCCGCGGAAACAUUGGGGCAGCAGGCGUGUUUCGUGUCGUCGUGCUGCCUCGCCGACCUGUUGACUUCGCCGCAGCAGGAGCAGGAGCAUGCCAGUGGCAGUGGCGCAGUGGCAGCGGCGGCGCCCACCUCCCAGCUGCAGCUGCUGCAGCCCCCGGACGGCGCCGCCCUUAUCUGCUUCACAUCCGGCACCACGAGCGCCCCCAAGGGCGCGGUGCUCACGCAUGCGGCGCUGCUGCACCAGUCCAUGGCUAAGCUGGCCGUAGUGGGCUACUGCCGCGGGGACACGUACCUGCACGUGGCGCCGCUCUGCCACAUCGGGGGCCUCAGCAGUGCGCUGGCGGCGCUGCUUGCCGGGGCGCAGCAGGUGUUCAUGCCCAGGUACUCGGCUGCAGAGGCCGUGCGCCUGGUGUCCCACCACCGCGUCACUGCGCUCAUCGCGGUGCCCACCAUGAUGGAGGACAUGGUGGCACACCUGGCGGCAGGCGCAGGCCAAACAGAUAACAGGGCGCAGCAGCGUCACGGCACAGCCACGGGCUCCGGUUGCCUGCCAUCAGUGCUGCGCGUGCUGGUGGGCGGCGGCGGCAUGCGGCCGCGGCUGGUGCCAAUGAGCAGCAACGGGGGUGAUGCCGUUGGGCAAGGGGGCGCCUGCGUCGGCGUGCCGGCGCCGGGCGUCCAGGUGGUCAUAGCGGUGGGCGGCGCACCUGAGACUGGCGGCUCUGGCAGGGGCAGCAGCUGCCUUGUCGGCGGGGAGGCGGGCCCAGCUGUGGUCGGAGAGGUGCUGACGCGCGGCCCUCAUGUGAUGUCGCGCUACUGGGCCGACCCUGAGCAGACACAGCAGGCCCUCUUGCCGAGUGGCUGGCUGCGUACGGGCGACCUGGGUUGGCUCGACACCCAGGGCCGCCUGUGGCUGCUGGGCCGUGCCAAGGACACCGUCAAGAGUGGCGGCGAGAACGUGCACGCGGCUGAGGUGGAGGCGGCCCUGGAGUCACACCCGGCGGUGGCGGCAGCUGCAGUGGUGGGGCUUCCCCACAAGCGGCUGGGCGAGGUGUCGAAGGGCUCUCAUUGA